AGGGACGCCCUAUAUCUGUCGCCUGCCGGGGUCUCCCGGGGCCUCAGCCGAGUGAUGCCCCGCUAUUGCGCAGCGAUUAGUUGUAAGAACCGCCGGGGACGAAACAAUAAAGACCGGAAGCUGAGUUUUUACCCAUUUCCUCUACAUGAUAAAGAAAGACUGGAAAAAUGGUUAAAGAAUAUGAAGCGAGAUUCAUGGGUUCCCAGUAAAUACCAGUUUCUAUGUAGUGACCAUUUUACUCCUGACUCUCUUGACAUCAGAUGGGGUAUUCGAUAUUUAAAACAAACUGCAGUUCCAACAAUAUUUUCUUUGCCUGAAGACAAUCAGGGAAAAGAUCCUUCUAAAAAAAAAUUCCAGAAGAAAAAAUUGGAAGAUGAGAAAGAAGUAUGCCUAAAAGCCAAGUCAGAAGAAUCAUUUGUAUUAAAUGAGACAAAGAAAAAUAUAGUUAACAUAAAUGUGCCCCCUGAACAUGCAGAAUUACUUCAUUCUUCUUCCUUGAUAAAGCCACCAGCUCCCAAAACAGGAAGUAUACAGAAUAACAUGUUAACUCUUAAUGUAGUUAAACAACAUACUGGGAAACCAGAAUCUACCUUGGAAACAUCAGUUAACCAAGAUACAGGUAUAGGUAGUUUUCACACAUGUUUUGAGAAUCUAAACUCUACAACUAUUACUCUAACAACUUCAAAUUCAGAAGGUAUUCAUCAAUCUUUGGAAACGCAAGAAGUUCUUGAAGUAACUACCAAUCAUCUUGCUAAUCCAAACUUUACAAGUAAUUCCAUGGAAAUUAAGUCAGCACAGGAAAAUCCAUUCUUAUUCAGCACAAUUAAUCAAACAGUUGAAGAUUUAAACACAAAUAAAGAAUCUGUUAUUGCCAUUUUUGUACCUGCAGAAAAUUCUAAACCUUCAGUUAAUUCUUUUAUAUCUGCCCAAAAAGAAACCGUGGAAAUGGAAGAUGUGAACAUUGAAGACUCCUUAUAUAAGGAUGUAGACUAUGGAACAGAAGUUUUACAAAUUGAACAUUCUUACUGCAGACAAGAUAUAAAUAAGGAACAUCUUUGGCAAAAAGUUUCUAAGCUACAUUCAAAGAUAACUCUUCUGGAGUUAAAAGAGCAACAAACUCUAGGUAGAUUGAAGUCUUUGGAAGCUCUUAUAAGGCAGCUAAAGCAGGAAAACUGGGUAUCUGAAGAAAAUGUCAAGGUUAUAGAAAACCAUUUUACAACAUAUGAAGUCACUAUGUUAUAGAAUAAAGAGGUUUUACAGGUGUGAUUGUUAAAAGUUUUUUCCAGCCAAACAAACUACAUCUAAAGUGAACUUUUUCCUGUGUAAAGUUCUCAUCUUAAUUAACCUAUGAGAGUGCUGUAAAGUUAUAAACUGUAUCCUAUUCUUGUAAUGCUCAUUUAAGAAAAAUCAGAGAGUUGAGCUGGAGAGAAAAAAUGGUUUUAUUACUUGAUAAUUUUUCAAAUUAAAAUUUAGCACAUACACAAUAGGAUUCAGUUAUAACAUGAGAAAACAAGCAAGUGGUCAAAGAACACAGACUAGAAGUCAGGUUCAGGAAUCAGACCUGGUUCUACCACUGGCAUACGAUUUGGGCAAGUUAUCAUGAUUGAGCCUCAGUCCCUAAUUUGUAAAAUAAGCACUCAUUAGGUUUCUAAUUGUCUGGUUCUUUAUAGUUCCUUCCCUUUUUAUUAAGAUACUUCUUUUAGAACAGAUUUUCUGUAAGAUAAUAUAUACUUAAUACUAGAAGUUGGCUAGAAUUUGAUAUUAACUAUGUAUUCAAUAUUUAUUGAAUUCUGUGGAAUUUGACCUUUUGGUUGUACAUAUAUAUUUUAAUUAUAUAUAUGUAAUAGGAAGGUAAACCCUUUUUUUUGAGACAGUCGCUCUGUCACCCAGGCUGGAGUACAGUGGCAUGAUCUUGGCUCACUGCAGCCUCCGCCUCCCAGGUUCAAGUGAUUAUCCUUCCACAGCCUCUUGAGUAGCUGGGAUUACAGGUGCGUAUCACCACAUCUGGCGAAGUUUUGUAUUUUUAGUGGACAUGAGGUUUCACCAUGUUGGCCAGGCUGAUCUCAAACUCCUGACCUCAGGUGAUCCACUCGCCUCAACCUCCCAAAGUGCUGGGAUUACAGGCAUGAAUCACCAUGCCAGGCCAAGAUAGACCUUUUAUUUUAUUCCAGUUGAACUAAACUAAGGAACCACCCAUUCGCCCUGUUCUUAGAAGAGGAACUUGAAAGAAUAUGUAUUUUUGUAACUUAUGUGUGGCUAACCAUCAAAUACAUAGUAAUUUAAGCUUCCAAACAUCCUGUAUUUAUGUACUUAGAUUUAUAAACCAAAAAUUUUAAUGAAGUUAAUUUUAAAUAUUUAUGAGUAUAUUUUAGAAAUCAUAAUUCGUAUCUAUUUCUUAGUAGGUGUAGCUUUUAAAAUAUGUCCUUGUGUCAUUGUUAAAUUCCAGAAUAAUAGAGUGAUAAUACUGUACAUUCCCACUUAUAUGUAUUUUAUUAAAAUUUAUAAGCAAGAAAUUAUAAAUAAGUGGUUAUGACCUAGGAAGACAAAGAAUCUCUCUUAAGAGAAGUGAUGGUAAUGUAAAUAAAAAUACUGUUUAUAUUCACAUGAUUUUAAGAAAACUGUAAAAGCAAAGACUUUGUAGUAAUGACACAAACCUGAAAAAUAAAUGUUUUCUUAAAAUUGGCCGUCAAUAUAAUUAUGUUUCUGCCUAUGAUGUUGAGCAAGUUCUAUCAGUCUGAUUCUUAGUUUUCUUGUCUGUUAAGUAGAAAAUACUAUUACUUACCUUAAAGGAUGGCUUUCAGAAUUCUGUAAGGUUUUUGGUUCUGGAAAAUAGGAGGUGUUCAAUAAAAGUUGACUCUGAAUGGCAAA